AUGGACCUGCAGCAGCCGGCUGCCAACCUGGGCGAGCUGUGCCGCAGCUGCGAGCACCCCCUGGCUGACCACGUGUCUCACCUGGAGAACGUGUCGGAGGAUGAGAUCAACCGGCUGCUGGGUAUGGUGGUGGACGUGGAGAACCUGUUCAUGUCGGUGCACAAGGAGGAGGACACGGACACCAAGCAGGUGUAUUUCUACCUCUUCAAGCUCCUUCGGAAAUGCAUCUUGCAGAUGACCCGGCCCGUGGUGGAGGGGUCCCUGGGCAGCCCCCCAUUCGAGAAGCCGAACAUUGAGCAGGGUGUGCUCAACUUCGUGCAGUACAAGUUCAGCCACCUGGCGCCCCGGGAGCGCCAGACCAUGUUCGAGCUCUCUAAGAUGUUCCUGCUCUGUCUCAACUACUGGAAGCUGGAGACGCCCGCUCAGUUCCGUCAGCGGUCCCAGUCUGAGGACGUGGCCACCUAUAAGGUCAACUACACCAGGUGGCUCUGUUACUGCCACGUGCCCCAAAGCUGUGACAGCCUCCCUCGCUAUGAGACCACCCACGUUUUCGGGCGUAGCCUGCUGCGGUCCAUUUUCACCGUGACCCGCCGGCAGCUGCUGGAAAAGUUCCGAGUGGAGAAGGACAAGCUGGUGCCCGAGAAGAGGACCCUCAUCCUCACCCACUUCCCCAAGUUCCUGUCCAUGCUCGAGGAGGAGAUCUAUGGGGCCAACUCUCCCAUCUGGGAGUCAGGCUUCACCAUGCCGCCCUCGGAGGGGACACAGCUGGUGCCCCGGCCAGCCGCAGUCAGCGCUGCGGUGGUUCCCAGCACCCCGAUCUUCAGCUCCAGCAUGGGAGGGGGCAGCAACAGCUCCCUGAGUCUGGAUGCCACGGGGGCGGAGCCCAUACCAGGUGAAAAGAGGAAGCUGCCAGAGAACCUGACCCUGGAGGACGCCAAGCGGCUGCGUGUGAUGGGCGAUAUCCCCAUGGAGCUGGUCAACGAGGUCAUGCUGACCAUCACGGACCCCGCAGCCAUGCUGGGCCCCGAGGUGGGCGGGGCUUGUGACGGGGCGGGGCCCCGGACGGGUGAGCGGCGUGGCAUCAUUGAGUUCCACGUCGUCGGCAACUCGCUGGCACCGAAGGCCAACCGGCGGGUGCUCCUGUGGCUGGUGGGCCUGCAGAACGUCUUCUCGCACCAGCUGCCACGCAUGCCCAAGGAGUACAUCGCCCGCCUCGUCUUCGACCCGAAGCACAAGACGCUGGCACUGAUCAAGGAUGGGCGCGUCAUCGGUGGCAUCUGCUUCCGAGUGUUCCCCACCCAGGGAUUCACCGAAAUCGUCUUCUGUGCAGUCACCUCCAAUGAGCAGGUCAAGGGUUACGGCACCCACCUGAUGAACCACCUGAAGGAGUACCACAUCAAGCAUGGCAUCCUCUACUUCCUCACCUACGCAGACGAGUACGCCAUCGGCUACUUCAAGAAGCAGGGCUUCUCCAAGGACAUCAAGGUCCCCAAGAGCCGCUACCUGGGCUACAUCAAGGACUACGAGGGGGCGACGCUGAUGGAGUGUGAGCUGAACCCACGGAUCCCAUACACGGAGCUGUCACACAUCAUCAAGAAGCAGAAGGAGAUCAUCAAGAAGCUGAUCGAGCGCAAACAGGCCCAGAUCCGCAAGGUCUACCCCGGGCUCAGCUGCUUCAAGGAGGGUGUGCGGCAGAUCCCCGUGGAGAGCGUGCCUGGCAUCCGUGAGCGGCGGCUGGGCCGCGAGUACAACCCGCCGGACAGCGAGUACUGCCGCUGCGCCAGCGCGCUGGAGAAGUUCUUCUACUUCAAGCUCAAGGAGGGCGGGCUCAUUGACAAGUAGCCCCCACCUCGGGCGACCCUCUGCCAGAGCUCGAACUCUGCCCGCCCCGGCCCGACGCCCUCAGCCGCGGAGCCUUGCGUCCUGGUCCUGGCCCUGGCCCUGGUCCAGCGGCUGUGUCCCCGAGGGCCACGACUGCUCCCUGUGGCUUCCGCGAGUGACUUCCGGGGUCCGGCUGGCUCUGCCGCCCGUGGUCUGGUCCCCCGGGGCAGGCGUGGGGCCUACUCAUUCCUUGGCGUUAACCCCGUAGAGGGAACAAUAAAGCUCUGUGGUUUU